GGACAGGACAGUCCGGUGCGAGAGCUCACAGAGAUAGGUGGCUUGCGUGAGGGGGUAGAACUGAGAGGGGGGCAGAUAAAAAGAAAGGAGGAGGGACUAAUCGGUAGUGUGCCUGCCUUUUGAAUAGAGGCCCCUGGACUUUUGUGCUGAUUGAAAGGGAUGCAUGCCCACAUGUGCUUGUGAUCGACUCUGACAUUGGAUUUCUUUAAAAGGAACCAUCGGGAUCGUUGUCAUAUUUCCAAGUGUAUAGGAUACACAGGGAAUAAUUUAUUCAGGAAUUUCAUUUUGAUGGUGACAGCGUUUUUUAAGUGAUGUUCCAGGCUUGUUUACCAUUUGAGUGGAUCGUCAGUGACACGCAUCUGUGUGUGUGUGAUAUAUCUUGGAUUUAAUAACAAGGGAAUGUAUUCAUUUACAGCUGUUUAAAAAAAAAUUUGAUUCUCAGGUCCACAAAUAAAAAGGAGACUUCAUGAAACGAAAGUAAACUAAGAGAACUUCUCGAGUUCUGCCGCCACACCCCACCUUGACCCGAUCGAUGCCACCAACCAGGAUGACCCAGGAGGUCAGCACCAUCUACCAACCCCGGCGACAGGAACAGCUUGCUUCGGCCACGGCCAUCGACACACCCGUCCCCACCGAUCCCACCGCUGCCACCAGAAAUGGAGCACCCAGAAGACGAUCACCGCCCAACCCCCAGAGCAGGGGCUUCCAGAUUCGCCAUGGAGCCUUCAAGCUCAACCAACUGCGGUUGCCGACAUCUGCAUCGCGGUUCAUCGUCAUGCAGGUGAUCCUCAGCUGCAUUUGUGCCACACUUGGGAUUCUAGCUGUGGCCUUCCACUGCUGGAUGGCAUACAUGUGCAUUCCUGUUAUUGUAGGAGCAUUGGAACUCUUUGUUGGAAUAAUGGGAUAUACUGCAUUGAAGAGACCUCACAAGAGAUUCUUGAUCAAAACUUACUUUGUUGGAUGUCUCUUUGGUUCUCUGGCUGGUCUUGCACUGGUCAUCUUCAGUAUCUUCGGUGCCACUCUGGAGCAGGACUAUGAAUGCACCCUGCUGCCUGAUGUCAUUGCAAGGUGUAAUGUUGUCAAGGGUGCCCGGUUUACGAUACAACUUACGACCGUCAUCGUUGGUACUGGUGUCAUCGUGGUCACCCAAGUUAUGUUUAUGUUCAUGUGCUAUGGAUGUUGUUCCAGGACUCAGAUUGAUGACCAAAGAGGACGGUCAAGAGCAACCAACACCAAUACAGCCGAUGACGUCCCUGCUAAUCUGGAGCUGCCGUCAUAUGAGGAGCAUCACAAUUACCCUGCUUCACCAUUCCAUGAAGGGUCUUUCUUCGUUAGCUCGGUCUCAGGGGGAUUUGAACCCCCGUCCUACACCAACAUUGGGCUUGUCAGUGAUGAGAUCGCUGGUGGAAUCACUCCCCUUGCUGCAGCUCUAGGACCUGGUGGUUUACCCUUAGAGCCCCCGCCACCUUACACCCUGUUUGCUCCUAGUCUUCAAUCAACACCAAUCGUUGGAAGAAGUUUUACAGGAAGCUCAGUAACUACCACCCCUUCCGGAGGACAAGCGGGUACACCAGCAGUGCAGAACGUCAGGGUCACUGGUGGCAGUUUUUCCGGAAAUUCAGUGGGGACCCUGGAGUCAAGAGAGGGUGUUGUGGUCAGAGGUGAUGGUAGCCGUGGAAGCACCCGUAGUGAUGACCUUAGACUUGCUCCAGGGGUGUAUCAAUACCAGACGGGACUGAGGGAUAGAACACUUCACCAGUCCCUGAGACUUAGCUCUGACCAGAGCGCAGAGUGGAAUUCUCGUUCUGCGCAUCAGCGGCAAGUCACAGAUGAAGGAUCGAGGCAGCCGGAAUCAACAAUGAACAGUGAGGAUGAUCCAAACAGUUUGCCUCCGGAACUUUACCGUGAUCAAAUCAGGAGAAGUGGACAUAGGUACAGCCUGUCUGAUCCGACACUCUUGAGCAGGAAUGCUAGGAAUCGUCAGAGGCCGAGACCUCCUCCUCCCCCAGAAACGGCAACUCAGUCCCAACCGCGGGACAUUUCAACAGAAUUUGCAAUAAACGUGGAUAGUGGUGCUAUGGACGAGACAGAUCAAACUGUCUCAAAUCAGAGAGAGACAGAAGUUCAGAGUUUUCCUUCUCAAACGACUCAUUUGCAUGAUUCCCCUCGCAGGAGACAAACACUUCCUCCACCUUAUGAAGGCAGGCAUAAUGUUGUUAGGACUCACUCAAGUGCAUCAGCUAGAACUAGUGAUGUUGUGUAUCCUGCAAGGAGUGUUGAGAGUUCUCGGAAUGAAGCAUCUAGGGACGAGGAAUCUGUAGCACAAGGUGAAUCAAGUCAUUCACAAAGUAGGGUCAGUGUUCAGGCAGAUAUUCAUGAAGCAAGGACUUUGCCUAGCAACUGGAGACCCGAACUGGUUGAAGAGUCUAUCUAUGAAUCCAUUCCAUCCCUGCAAUCUUCACCAUCACGGGACGAGCGAAGCGGUUCUCCGGAGAGGAGAACGCAGACUGAAAGUGAAGGCACAAGGUAUAGUACUAACGCAGCUGAUGGCAGGACUCGUGCCAUGGAAGAUUACAGUGAUAAUAUGUAUAGCUUGGAUUGGAAUGACCAGGCAUGGAGAGGACACUCAAGAGGAGUGCAGGGGAGGGCUGGCAGGGGUAGAGCUGGAAGCAGGAGCUGGGAUGAAGGGGUGAACCAAGAACAAGAGCUCCCAGAUGUUAUAGGGUCUGGGAAUACAUCCAGAGAACAAUCAACACAGGAUGGUAGCGGGGUUGAUGAUCGCGAGAGGGCGGGUAGAACUCAUGCUGGUAGACAGCCACCACCAUAUGGGGGCAGGAGGGUACCUGCUUGUGCCCCUCCCCCAUAUAAGGCAAGGAAUAGAUCACUUCCAAACUAUGCAAGACGACCAAACAUGACAUCGCCUCCUCCCCCUUACCAGGGUAAUCAGCGGUCACCCCAGAGGAAUAUCAACAGAGAAGGGCAUGAUAGAACUUGGUCAGGUCAGAGGAACUCUGAAACCCCUGAACCUUCGGAUCGGCCACUCCCUCAUUGUGAUGUAAGAGAGAUAACAGGGCUUUCAGAUAGAUUAAGAAAUGAGGAUGUAUCCUCAGACAAUAAUGGCCGAGAGCGAGGUGUUCAGUUAGAUGAUAGAGCCUCAAGGGGGGUAGGGGUAAAUGAGAGAUAUGACAGGAGGUCAAACACAUUCCGUGAUCAUCCGCAACCAACUAUAUCUCAUUCAUUGCCUAGACUGGCUGUGUCGUCAUCACUAGCUAUUUCCCCACCAUCUUCGACUUCCUCAGGGAGGCAACCCUCGUCAGUGUCUCCCAGCUAUCCAUCUUCGUCACUUUCAUCUCCCAGACAGUACCCAACAUCACCGUCAUCUUCAUCUGCAUCAUCAGUGACAAUGACAUCAUCGAGACAACCCUCGGUCCCAUCCGCCACCUCCUCUCCUUCAAGUUCUUUCAAUGCAGUGUCUCCUAGGAGAGCAAGGGCUGAUCUUCUCGCCCGCAUCGCAGGACCAGCAUCGCACCCUCCGCCUCCAAACACAUCCCUGUCAUCCUCCAGGAACUCUCAGGCAGAUUGGGAAGCAGACCAUGAUGUAUCGCGAAACAACCAGUACCAUAAUCGUCCGCGUCCCGUUGCACCAAUCCGUUCCUCUCCGUUAUCCGUCGUUUCAUCGCAACCUCAGCACCCUUCUAAACCAUCUCGCAUCUCCAGAGCCCCUUCCCACAACCGAGUCUCCCCAUCCCCCAAUCCAUCCACCGUCCCUCUCCAUCCCCUGUCGUUGCCAGGAGCCACAACAACUCAGCCACAAACCUUACUGCAAUCCUCAAGCAAUACUUCCAAACCGGACAUGGUGUCCAGGAGUAGAACUGAUGGGAAACCUGCUGCAGAGAUUCAUCCCUUCAGGACCGUUCGAAGCACUCCUGUGAAGGCACAAAGAGCCUAUGUGGCUACCAAGGCACUCGCCAAUGCCCUCCAGAAAGGGCAAUUGAAUGAUCUCUUGGAGGAAUAUGAAGAGACCAUUAUUUGACUGAAAA